AGUGUUGCUUUUCUGUUUUCAGGGAUGACUCUGUUCCAGAAGACAACAUCUGGAGGGGCAUCCUGUCUGUCGUUUUCUUCUUCCUUAUCAUCAGCGUGUUAGCUUUCCCCAAUGGUCCAUUUACUCGGCCCCAUCCAGCCUUAUGGCGAAUGGUUUUUGGGCUCAGUGUGCUCUACUUCCUGUUCCUGGUGUUCCUGCUCUUCCUGAAUUUCGAGCAGGUGAAGUCCCUCAUGUACUGGCUGGAUCCAAACCUUCGCUACGCCACCAGGGAAGCAGAUAUCAUGGAGUACGCCGUGAACUGCCACGUGAUCACCUGGGAGCGCAUCGUCAGCCACUUCGAUAUAUUUGCAUUUGGGCACUUCUGGGGCUGGGCCAUGAAGGCCCUGCUGAUCCGCAGUUACGGCCUGUGCUGGACAAUCAGCAUCACCUGGGAACUGACCGAACUCUUCUUCAUGCAUCUCCUGCCCAACUUUGCGGAGUGCUGGUGGGAUCAGGUCAUCCUGGACAUCCUGCUGUGUAACGGCGGCGGCAUCUGGCUGGGCAUGGUCGUCUGCCGGUUCCUAGAGAUGCGGACGUACCACUGGGCCAGCUUCAAGGACAUCCACACCACCACCGGCAAGAUCAAACGAGCCGUGCUGCAGUUCACGCCCGCCAGCUGGACCUAUGUUAGAUGGUUUGAUCCCAAGUCUUCUUUCCAGAGAGUGGCCGGAAUAUACCUAUUCAUGAUCAUCUGGCAGCUGACUGAGUUGAAUACCUUCUUCCUGAAACAUAUCUUUGUCUUCCAAGCCAGCCACCCAUUAAGUUGGUGUAGGAUUCUCUUUAUUGGCUGCAUCACGGCUCCCACAGUGAGGCAGUACUACGCCUACCUCACCGACACACAGUGCAAGCGCGUAGGAACACAGUGCUGGGUGUUCGGGGUCAUUGGUUUCCUGGAAGCUAUUGUUUGCAUAAAAUUUGGACAAGAUCUCUUCUCUAAGACCCAAAUACUCUAUGUUGUGCUUUGGCUUCUUUGUGUGGCCUUCACCACCUUCCUGUGUCUGUACGGCAUGGUCUGGUACGCGGAGCACUAUGGCCACCGGGAGAAGACCUACUCAGAGUGUGAAGACAGCACCUACAGCCCGGACAUCUCCUGGCACCACGGGAAAGGUUCUGAAGACAGCCCACCCAAGCAUUCAGGCAACAAUGAGAGCCAUUCUUCCAGAAGACGGAAUCGGCAUUCCAAGUCCAAAGUCACCAACGGAGUUGGAAAGAAAUGAAAGACCCUGGUUAAUCAAAGAUGUCCCAGAGAGUGCCUAGAACUGAGAGGGAAGCAGAACUCGUUUAGAUCUCCCCGUUAGGAGGUCGGGACGCGCAGAGCCAACGAGAAGAGGAGCGGGAACGGUGGGGGGGGUCAUUGUGUGAAGAGCGUUAAGUCUUGUUUCCCAAAGACCUGGCCGCAGCAGGCGGAUCUUUGCCUGGGGUCCUUUGCCAAUUUAGGGUCUGCCCUAACUUCAGCACUUGGCACACAGUCACCGGGAACAGUGCCGUGUGUUGGGCGGACAAGGCAGCUCUUCACUCAGUGUUGCCAAGGGCAGCUGCGGGCUGCUCUGUGUUGUGGGUGCCGUUCAACACCUACGUUGAGACAAGGUGUUAACUGGACGGUUAAUGGACUGGUCACCGGUUUUUAUUUUUAUGAAUCUGCCUUUCCAUAUGAUUGGUUUGUGUAAGUUCAGGCCAUUUUUCUGUCUUUUAUUUUGUUGUUUCUGUUUUUAAGUUUAGGAUGCUUAAGAGCCUUCAGAAGCCACUGUUGAAACUGGGGGAGGGCUCCCCUUCCUUGAAUCUAGAGAGGAGAAGGGGGAGCGCUCUUGCGUUCCUGUCUAGCAACCUCAGCCCCCCUUUGAAGACCUUCUGCCGCGCGGCAGGUGCACUGCAGUCUGAGGAAGGGUUGGCUGCCUGCAUAGGAACCUGAGCUUCACAUCCGAACCCAUUUCGUUCCGUUGCAAAUGUCACUUGUCCAGACUGACCCACCAUGCACAAAAGCAAACCUGUGACAGGGGCAGUGAACACCACGGCUCCUCCCCCAGCCAGGUGCCUUUUACCUUCGCUCUGUUUUCCUUCCCUGGUGUGUUACAGCUGACACUGUCUUUAGUCCCGUGUGAGGUGCUGGUGAGUAUUACCUUCCAUGCGUGCCAUGCUCUGGAACACUCUCCCCGGUAGUUCACCACCUCUGAUGGAUUCCUGUUUUCAAUAAAACACGCGCAAGCCCGUCAAA